CCCCCAUCAAUGGCAACGUGCAAACAACAAAUUAAUUCAAAGACUUUUUACUAAAGAAAUUUAAACAACUCACAUUUUCCUACCUUCAUCUUUAUACACCUCACAUCCAAUGGAGAAACACUCUUCAAUUUCCUUGACAUUUAAGGGGUCCUUAGCCAAAAUUGUUGACUUUAAUCAUAGGUUCGCACUUUCCUGGAAAUUUCCUAGCCUCUCCCCUUCCCUAUACAACGUAAAUUGCUGCGGAAAAGAUGUGAACUACACUCGAUUGCUUGUCUUGAAGGAAUUUUGCUUACCCACCAUGCGUUUGUUGUUUUGUCCGCUUCGAUAGUAUCCAUUCACGCUAACAUCAUGGGAUUUGUGAACUGAUUCCUGGUGGGGUUAAGUGGCUUUUUUCGGAGUUCAAUGGAGUAUCUAUACUCAUGCUUUUGAGCGAAGAUUCAAUUAACUUCGGGUUCUUGGCUUCUCAACAUUAUCAUCGAUAAUAAAAAUGGGCAAUGUUAAUAAUCCGCAGGUGUUAGUAUUCAAUCCCCGUAUUGAAAUUGGCUCGCUAGAGGUGAAGUCAAUUAUCGAGCCACAUGAUCAGAGCACAUCCACUUCGGCAUCAACCAAUACAAAUAUGCUUUCUAUGAAACAAUUUUCAGAAAAUUGUGACAAAAAACAACUAUGGUGUAAAGUGAUAACCAGCAUAAAGAUUGCUUUAUUCUCUAAUAAGAUUAAUUUACUUAUACCUUUUGGCCCCUUAGCUAUGCUUGUUGAUACCUUGACUGGUAAUCAUGGUUGGGUCUUCUUCUUGAGCUUAUUGGGCAUCAUACCAUUGGCAGAACGUUUGGGUUGGGCUACAGAGCAAUUGGCUUUCUACACCGGGCCUACAGUUGGGGGACUUCUGAAUGCUACUUUUGGCAAUGCAACAGAGUUGAUAAUAUCAAUGUACGCAAUGAAACAUGGUAUGCUACGUGUUGUGCAACAAUCAUUACUAGGGUCAAUUUUGUCGAACAUGUUGCUUGUUCUUGGAUGCGCGUUUUUCUGUGGAGGAAUCUUUCUUCCUAAAAAGGAACAGGUUUUUGACAAGUCGAAUGCUGUGAUGAGCUCAGGAUUGUUGUUAAUGGCAGUGAUGGGUCUGUUAUUCCCUGCUGUUCUUCAUUUCACACACACAGAAUUGCAUUUUGGAAAGUCGGAAUUGGCUCUUUCAAGAUUUAGCAGUUGUGUAAUGCUUAUUGCAUAUGGGGCCUACUUGUUUUUUCAGUUGACUACACAGAAGAAUUCGUAUUCACCAAUCACUGAGAAAUAUCAGGAAGAUAGCCCAAAAGAAGGCAAUUCAGAUGAUGAUGAUGAUGAAUCUCCUGAUAUUUCAAAGUAUGAAUGUGUUAUCUGGCUCAGCAUCUUGACACUCUUCAUUUCCAUUCUUUCAGAAUAUCUAGUCAACACCAUUGAGGGUGCUUCUGUUGCAAUGAAUAUCCCUAUAGCAUUUAUCAGUGUUAUCCUUCUUCCUAUUGUUGGAAAUGCAGCAGAACAUGCAAGUGCCAUCAUGUUUGCCAUGAAAGACAAGCUUGAUAUCUCUUUAGGAGUUGCGAUUGGCUCCUCAACACAAAUAUCUAUGUUUGCUAUUCCAUUUUGUGUGGUUGUUGGGUGGAUCAUGGGGCGUCCUUUGGACCUAAAUUUUCAACUUUUUGAGACAGCGACUCUUUUUAUUACAGUUCUGGUAGUGGCUUUCAUGUUGCAAGAUGGAACAUCAAAUUACUUUAAAGGAGUAAUGCUUGUGUUUUGCUAUUUGAUAGUUGCUGCAAGUUUCUUUGUACAUAUAGACCCUCUAUCUAUACAAGAUAAACCCUAAGACCCAUACCCUUCUUGAAUCCAUCAUCAAGAGUUUCAAGUCAAUUGUAUGUUCUAGUUUGACUUUCCUUGAUGGCAUAUAGUUAUAAUUAUUGCAUACUACAACUACUACUAUGUGUAAAUUGUUACAGAAGAGAAUAAUGAUAAAGAUUUUGAACAACAGGAGUAAAAUAUGUGUUACACUUAAAAGGGAACCAACCCCCUUUUCCACUAAUUGUUGUUAUUCAUAUAAAUAAUAAUUCUUUACAAAAGAAUUGGCAUUUCACAUAUAAACAUUAUAAAACAAGAGAGCGUCGCAAUUAAUUAUUCCUUACUAAAAAUACAAGUAGGUGGAAGUAUCUGUUGCAUUGUUGCUAUCCCUGCACAGAAUAGAUCUUGCUUCCACAAUUGAGCGAGGUGGUUCAAGAUCUUUCUCUUGCAGUGCAUUUCCUUGCAAUCGUUGCAUCUGUGAAGCAAAUGUAUCAUCCAAAACCUACAAAAAAAGUUCCUUUUUGUGUCAGACAUUUUAUCAAACACUUGGUGUGCAACAAACAAAAUAAAGGAAUCCAGAUAAACUUACUCCAAGAGCAUAAUAAGAUCCGUUGUACCAGACACGGUUUUCCUUUCUACCUUCCAGAAACUUCAGUACAAUCUGUAAGGCAUACAACAUUCUUGUUAAAAACACAUGAUUUUUUAUUUUAUUUUAUAAAAACGCAUUCUUGUUAAAAUCUCAAUCAAUCUCACCUGUCCCAUUUUGUCCCAUAAACCACGACAACUAGCAAUGAAUAUUUGAUUAGUAAAAACCUCAUGUAAGUUGGAUACAGAUUCCACAAGCUGUGAACACAAAACUUGCAUCCUGUCUCUCACUUCAGCCUCUCCAUCUGCUUCCUUCGUUUCCUCCAAAAUUCUUUGAAGUCUUGUGCUUCGACUUGCUUGCAUCUGUGUAAUUAAUCAACACAGUAAUUACUAAUCACAACUUACAACUCUUGAUUCAUUAUGAGUAAUUGAUUAAUUGAUUAUGAUGAUUAUUACUUAUUACUUACAUUACUAAUGAGUUUAACCACUAUAGCCUGCAUGUAGUUUUUAUACUUGGUUCUCAAUAACACAGUAACUGCAUUCAUUUGCUCUCCAUACGUUGACUUUUUGUCCCCUCCAUUGACCGGAAGAUAACACGCCCAUGACUUCAAUUUAUCUUCAAUUCUACAAUGCAAAACAUCAAGAACUCUCUUGAUGGUGUUUAAAAAAGUUCCCAACUGAUUAGGAAUCGAAUACAAGGCUGUUGAUUGUCUCCUUGUUAGUUUCUGAACUUGAAUCCCAAGCCUCUUUGGAAUACUAUCUUUCAAAGGUGUCAAAAUAUCCGCAUAUUGUCUCUCAAGUGCUUUCAUAAUAGCUCUUUCCACAUUUGCAACAGCCUUGAAAAAAACAUUUACAAUCACAACAUUAACAUCAAGACUAUAAAAAUUACACACAUCCGAUAGUUAUAAAACUUACAUUCUCCAAGAUCAAAGUGUAUUGUGGCCAUCGAUUGAUCACAACUUCAUACUCACUCAACAUUUCUUUAAUUUUAUCAUACAAAUCUUCAGCAAAAGGUGAAGUGGAAUAGUUUGUGAUCACCCCACCCCAUGGUGCUUUUUCUGCUUUGCAUAAAUCAAGUAAGCAAAGCUGCAUAUCUUGAACCCAAACCAUAAUGUAAUUAUGGUACAAGUUUCUUGAAUCCACACCACCUUGAGAUACACUGAAAAGAAAAGAAAAAAAUCAACAAUCGUUUUCAGUAUUUUGAUACAUGAUUUUGAGGAAAUGAAGUUUAAUAAUCCAGCAACAAACCUGAUAUUCCAUGACUCAAGAUUCCUCUCAAAGUCUGCAGUUGCUAUAAGAAGUUCAUUGACAUGAGGUUGAGGACUUGAAGGAGGCCAUGCUGCAAGAAACCCUUUAAGCCUUUUACAUAACUCACUGCUGUAAACAGCUGCUGUGAUGCUUGAGAGAUCAAUAGAGC